UGCAUAUUUGGGGCCUCACUGCAGCAGAAUCCCAACUAGUCAUCGAGGACCAAGAGGAUCAGGGGUAUGUCUUCUCACCGGAUAAUACAAGGGUUGUAUCUAUCACUCUUAAUGGCGUUGCCCAGAUAUGGAAUUUGGAUAUGAAACAAGUCGAGCACACUAUACCUGGCAACUACGAACCGGUGAUGUAUUCUUGUGUGGUGUUCUGCCCAACCGGAAAAGAGAUUGCGUUAAAGUCCUAUCGUAAAUUAUUCGUUUACAGCCUUUCUCGACGAAGUCUCAUUAAAUUUGAUACACACAGCUGCCAGGUGCCAUGCACUUCGGUGCGAACAAUUGUUUUUUCCAGGGAUGGUUCUAAAAAUUGCCGCGACAUUCGAUUGCGGUAAGAUAGAGAUCUGGGACGUCAAUACUGCUCAGCUUGAACAUGUGUUCGAAAGCCUCUACGAGAAUUUGGUGAAUUUGGUCUUUUCUCCCCGUGCUACUCGGCUUGCAUCGGGUGAUUCAAGGGGGGGAGCUUUGAUAUGGAAUGUGCCUGAAGGACGGCUUGAAACAACGAUAGAUAUUGAUCCAGACUCGGUGAACAUGAUAUUCAAUUCAGAUGAUAUCUUGAACGUAUCGAGAAUUCUUUGCCUAGACUGGGAGCGCCAUUGGGUGACCUAUGGUCGUGAAAGGCUGUUGCUUCUCCCGUCUGAAUUCAGGACACCUUCGGUUGCAGUUCAUGGCAGCACUUUGGCCCUGGCAUAUGAAAAUAGUCAGAUGAUGAUCAUUAACUUCAAGGAUAUUCUCGAGCUGUGAUAUUGGACAAUCUUUGUCAUUUCCCAUAUAUAGAGCACGUGACCCCGCUCAUGUCAAUAGUCGACUUAAUUAAUUCUAUUCAAUACCACGUGUACCACUUUGUUUAAUUCAUCCUUCCCUUCCUCCCAGAAGCAGCCAGCAAUUCGUCCGCCAGCCAUACCUGUGUCGCUCCCACGAAGGCCCAGAUAAAUCCCGAGAAUCUCUGGUUCAUGUGACGGCCUGGUCACGUUGGCUGGCUGUCACGUGAGU